AUGGAAAAGUGGAAGAAAAUACCUUUGUCAAAAGAGGAAGAUGAAGGAAACAGAAAUGCCGCAACUACCAAUGGUCCUGGUACAAAGAAGAAUAAAUGGAUAAGGAAACCCACUAAUAGAAAAGUCAACCCAAGUCAAGCUAAGAAGUUGGAAUUGGAGAUUGGGAAACACAAAUUAGUGGAUGUUAUGGUAGUGGAUGGUACUGCUGAGGGAUAUGGUAGUGGGGAAAAGAAAAUGAAGAGCCAAGCCUUUGUGAUGGAUACAAUCGAAGAACCAGAGGUGGUGUUGGAAGCCCAACGCUGCCUUCCUCAAUGA